CUUAAUUUGUGACGAACUUGUGCUACUAAUGCAAGCUAACAUUUUCUUCUAUCUUCCAAAAGACACCAUGAACCCUUCUCACAUUUAGUGACAAAAGAGUACUUGAUGAAAUAGAAAAGAAAGAAAAAAAACAUGUCAUGCAGUGGUGGUAGCUUGGGUUAUGGGGGAGCAACCUGCUUGAGCAAUGUUCACCACACAAAGAAGGUGCAGCAGCAAUCACUGAGAAGCAGUUUGAUAGGCAGGAAAAGUGGUGGAGUGAUGAAGUGUUGGAGAGGAAAAAAUGGUAAUAACAGCAAGAGUUGGAAAAGGGUAGGAGUUGUGCAGUGUAGAGGGAUAGGAGACUUCGUUGGAGGAGACUUGAUAUGGCUAGAUAUUGAUCGUUGGCUUUCAGAUGUUGAAGAGCACAAAGCACUUGCAAUAUACCCUCCUCACGAAGGAGGCUAUGAGGGGCGUUACUUGUCACGUCUCAUACGUCAGGGCUACUAUUUCCUUGACCUCUCAGCUCGUGGCCUUGGUGACCCUGAAACCACCCUCACCAAGAUUCACCCUGUUUGCCCUGCUCAUGUUGGAAAGCAGCCAAUAGCAAGGUGGUAUUAUCCUCCAGAAGUUGAUUUCAGAUUAGAAUCAUUGCCACCAAAUGCCAAAGGAUUGGUGGUCUGGAUACUUGAAGCCAAGGUUCUCUCUAAGGCAGAACUGCAGUUCCUAGCUUUGCUGCCUACACUUAGGCCUAAUGUGAGGGUCAUUGCAGAAUGUGGAAACUGGAGAAAGUUUAUGUGGAAGCCACUGAAAGAAAUUGCAGGACUAACUAGCAGUGAGGAAGCUUAGUUAGUGGUGCUUCAAUGUUGCUUAUCAUUCCUUAUUUCCAACAAUCAAGUACAGAUAUUCAUUUUACCUUAUCCAAUUUAAGGCUUUUUAUAGCUCCAGAGAAGUGACAUAUGAAAGGAAGACACAGAUAUAGGAAAAAUAAUUUUCCUUGUAAAUAAUUAGAUUUGUCUGUCAUGAGUGACCCUUUAAUUCUCAAGGUUUAAUUUUGUCCAAACACAUACAUUUCCUCAAAUUCCAUUGUGAAAUUGUUCAGAAUCAUUUAUUUGAUCUAAUACUUAGUCCUGUCUC